AGACCAAUUAGACAGGACGGUCAUAUCGACAUGAGGAAAUUUGUUCCUUGAACCUCUUUUGAUAUUUAUUUCAACCGUUUCAGGAUCCAGGUGAACUCCAACGAUUUCCUUCCAAAUCUCUCUCUCUCUCUGCAACUUCUUUCACGGUUUCGGAUUCUUUUCUUCUGUUAUUGGCGAAGAACAAAUCUUUAUCAAUCUUUUCUUCCCCUUAACUGCAGCUGUCCUUUCUUUUUCUGGCCCGCCAUUCUCAUUCCCGCCUCUCCUAGUCGUAAUUGCCUGUAUUAAACGAGCUACGCAGGGCCGAAUUUCGAUUGCCAUCGUCAAUAAACAGUCAUUAGAGAGGAGGUGAGAGUGUGGAAAGCGUUCUUGGACGGUCUUUGGUUGAUGGGUAGGUGAGAGAUGGGCGUCAGAUUGUCUGGAGGCACCCCAAAGUCUACACAGAAUGUCCGGCAACGCCACAGCAAUAGCGGGUACGCAUCGAGCGGCGAGGAUCUCGAGGACGACGCGUCCUCGCAGGCGGUGUACACCCCGCGGCCGCAGAGUCCGAGGGUUGGCGUCUCUGGUGUGCUGGAGUUCGUCUUCUGGAUUCUCUCAUCCGCCUUUAUCAUCUACUAUGGAGAUGGCCGGUCGAACUUCAUCUCCAUGUUGCUCUGGGAUACCCGAAUUAGGAGAGUGGCGCUCAACCUUGGCUUUAUAUGUAUAAGUUUGAACUGUGCUAUUGUUGUCUACACAACAUGGUGGCGAAUUAAACAAGAUGAUGAGAGUUUUGAUGCAUCAACUUCUACUGCUGUACAAAUUGUGGUCAUGAUUGGGAUCCUUUCCUUUUUAACGUUUUCUGUUGCACUGUGGCCAAUUUGGAGCUUCUUGACCUUGCCUCUUCUGUUGACAUUGCUUAUGGCUUUCAUUGCUGUAUCACAACACAUUCCACCAUUCAGAAAAUUCAGGUCACAAGCUGAUCUUCUGCGUGAUGACUGAACCUUCAUCAGUUGAAAACUUGAAGUAUCUGAACAGCUAUAGGCACCUUGUCAUUUGGACGUUUGGCACUUGAAGUUUGAUUAAAAAUUUCUGCCACAUUGAAAAGGAAGAUGAUUCUCUAUGGCUUUCUUCACGAAAGUUCGGAUGACUAUUGACAGAUAAGUAUGGUCAUAUAUGGUGAUCUCGGGGUUUACAGAAUUCAGUUUCGAAAAUUCUUUACCUUCAAUUUUUUUUUUUCCAUUUUUUCUUGUGAAGAGGUUGGAGGGUCAUGUGGGAGUUGAAAUUUUAGUCGUACAGGAGGUUACCUGGAAUUCUUUUUUGUCGUUUGAUUUGUAUCAUACAGUGGUUGUUCAGAAGUUGCAGAAGAAAGUUUGAUAGAAAUUAGAAUAUACUUAGUUUCAUAUUC